GCGGUCUCCCGGCGCCGGGUCGCCCCCAGUCCCCGCCCUCCUCGCUCGCUCCCUCGCUCCCCAUCUCGCUCCUUCCCCUCUUUAGCUUUGUGCCGCGGGGUGCAGCGCCGCUUCACCCCCCCAGCCCCACCGCCCACCCCUCUCGCUCGCUCGCUCGCUACCCCGGGCUGGGGUACAGUAGCAACCAAAGCAAUGUCUUACUACCUCAACUCCGCAAACCACCUAGACCCAGGACCCAUCUAUGUGAGAGAAAAUGGGCAGUUGCACAUGGUCAAUCUGGCCUUGGACGGCGUCAGGAGUAGCCUGCAGAAGCCAAGGCCCUUCAGACUGUUUCCCAAAGGCUUUUCUGUGGAGCUUUGCAUGAACAGGGAAGAUGAUACUGCCCAGAAAGAGAAGACUGAUCAUUUCAUCUUCACAUACACCCGGGAGGGGAAUCUCCGCUACUCCGCCAAAUCCCUCUUCAGCCUCGUCCUGGGUUUCAUCUCUGACAAUGUAGAUCACAUUGAUUCCCUUAUUGGCUUCCCUGAGCAGAUUGCAGAAAAGCUGUUCUCUGCUGCUGAAGCCAGACAGAAGUUCACAGAGCCAGGUGCAGGGCUGAGGGCUUUGCAAAAAUUCACUGAAGCCUAUGGAAGUCUGGUGCUUUGCUCCUUGUGUUUGCGAAACAGAUACCUGGUAAUUUCAGAAAAACUUGAGGAGAUUAAGUCUUUCCGGGAACUGACCUGCCUGGAUCUUUCCUGUUGUAAACUUGGAGAUGAACAUGAACUUCUAGAACAUCUCACCAAUGAGGCCCUAUCUAGUGUAACUCAGCUCCACCUGAAGGAUAAUUGUUUAUCUGAUGCCGGCAUUCGAAAAAUGACAGCACCAGUUCGAGUCAUGAAAAGAGGCCUUGAAAAUCUAACACUAUUAGACCUAUCUUGUAACCCUGAGAUCACAGAUGCAGGAAUUGGAUACCUCUUUUCUUUCAGAAAACUAAACUGCUUAGAUAUUUCUGGGACAGGGCUCAAGGAUGUGAAAGCUGUCAAGCACAAGCUCCAGACCCACAUAGGCCUUGUUCACUCCAAAGUGCCUCUGAAGGAGUUUGAUCACAGUAACUGCAAGACAGAGGGCUGGGCUGACCAGAUUGUACGGCAGUGGGAGCGUCUGACUUCAGAAGCUGUGAAGCCACGGGAAACGACAGAGGCCCGAAAGGCAGCUCAGCACUUUUACGGCACGCGGACUCGAACCGAGGCCCCAGUGAAGUGUCCCCUGGCAGACUCCCUCGUGAAUUCUGUUGAGAAGCUCCAGUUCUAUAAAGAGAAGGCCCCAGACUGCCAUGGGCCAGUGUUGAAAUAUGAAGAAGUCUCCAGCCAGGAGCCCAAGAAGGGCAAGAAGAGAGCUUUCGAGCAGCCAGAGAAGGAGAGUGACUCUCCCCCAGCUUCAAAACAGAACUGCGUGUGUCUGGCUGUGGAAGACUGGGACUUGUUAAACUCCUAUUGAUUGGCAGGUGGAAACCGACCUUUCUUCUCCCCCAACUCUACUGUACGAGGAAAGUUUCGGCACUGAUAAUGUUUUCCUUUUUGUUUGGAUUUACCUAUGGCAUUAGCCUAGCAAGCAGAUAUUUCUACUUUUGUGGUGGGGGAGGGAGACGUAUGUAAUAAUUUCUGAUGUAUAUUUUCAAUACAUAGUAAUUUUUUCAAAUAAAUGUUUUUGCUGUCCUUAA